AUGUCUUUAUUCUCAUUAGAAGGUCAAGUUGCCGUAAUUACAGGUGCGACUCUGGGUAUUGGAUUAGGUUAUGCUGAAGGUCUUGCUUCCGCUGGGAUCAAACAAUUGAUUUUAACAUACAGGUCACAAUCGACACUUGAUGCUGCAAUUGAAGAGAUUAAAAAAUUCAACUCAGAGGUAAUCAUAGAUUCUAUUCAAGUUGACUUUAUCGAGGAAGAAGAAAAAUCUAUUGUGGAUAAAAUUUUCACUCAAGCGUAUAAACUAUCAACCACUGGCUCAGUUGAUAUAUUAAUCAAUAAUGCUGGUAUUACUGAAAGAAACCCCUUUGAGUCCUUCCCACAACACAAAUUUGAUGCUGUAGUCAAGGUGGAUCUCAACAUUCCUAUUAAAUUGACCCAACGUUUUGGUGUCAAGAUGCUUGAGUUGCAAACCAAGGGUAAGAUUGUAGCUACGGCUUCUUUGCUCUCGUUUCAAGGAGGGUUUGCGUCGACGCCAUAUGCGGUUGCCAAGGGUGGCAUCAAACAAUUUACCCAAGCGGUUGCUAAUGAGUGGAGCUCACGUGGGAUUCGCGUCAACUGUAUUGCUCCCGGUUACGUCAAGACAAAGUUGACCGAUAGCAUGGCUAAAGAGAGCAAGGAGUUGGUAGACAAGAGAAUCCCCAUGGGUAGAUGGGCAGAGAGACUGGAUUUCAGAGGACCAAUUGUGUACUUGUGUAGUGACGCCUCGAGCUAUGUUACUGGUCUGACAUUAAUUGUCGAUGGUGGUUGGUUAGGCCGUUAA